AUGAUAAAAAGAGUGACUAUAUCUGAUAAAGCUCUUGAAGCAUCAUUUAAAGUCGCAGAACUGAUUUCUAAAAAUAUGAACUCUCAUGUUAUUGGCGAAAAAUUAAUAGGACCUGCCUGUUUAGCUAUGGUUGAAACAAUGUUAGGAAAAGAAUCUAAAGAUGUUAUAUCCAAAGUGCCACUUUCCAACAAUACUAUUAGCCGCCGAAUAAAUGAAAUGGCUGAUGAUAUUAAUGACAUUGUUUUAGAAAAAAAUUAA